AUGACCCCUCUGACUCAUCAUAUGGGUAAGCAAGAUUUAGAAUCACCGGCUAUGGAUAGUAGGCAACCAUCUGAAACAAAAGCCAAAAAACCGCCAAAAGAGAUGAACGCAGGGGCAAGCAGUAGCAAACCCACCUCGAUAAAAGCAAGUCCUGCUCAGUUGUUUGAAAUGAUUUCGAAAAAUUACGAUAAUUGGCUGCAGGUGAUGGCGAAACAAUUUGAGGAUGAGGACAAUUUUUCACCAUUUCCGAAAGAAGAUGAUCCAAACCCCACUGAGCUGAAUCCCAUAUUUAAUUAUAAUUUGUUAGAAGCGCUUGAAUCAGUUUCAAAUCAAGCUGGAGAGCGGAUCCAAGAGAUCACGAAUGAUGACCGGCAACUGCUAGAUGCACCAACUAUAGAAACUCCGCAUAGUGAUACAUCGAAAAGACUCAUCAAGCAUCCCAAAAAGAAGAUCAUAUGUCCUCCUCAAUCGCUAUUAAAUGAUAAUGAAAUUGACUUCAUUCGAGAUAAAAUAGCCCAAAUCAUCAAACAAAGGGAAGGAGGAGACUUGCCGGCAAACUUUAAUUUGUUUGAAUCAAGUUACGAAAAUAGCCAUCUUGAUGACAAUGAUUUGAGCAAACUCCGGAAUGAAUUUGAAAAUGCUGGUCAUUUAAAUCCCGCCUCGAUAGAAAUAGAGUUUAGCCCGAUUCCUGAAUGCAAAAUUCAUGGAUUAGAAGACUGUGACUGUCCCAUUUUUGACGAGGUGUAUGGAUCUUCUCUGUUGUCAUCAAACGGUCUUUUGAGAGAGUCGAGACCCGCCGAUAGUGACAACGAUAGCGAGGGCCCUUCUUGUGAGUUUACAUUUGAGUAUGAUAGCAGUGGAAGACUUCUUCCUACAGGUAACAACAUUGAAGAAAAGCUAAGACUGAUGAAUCAAGCGGCAGAAAAGUUGAAAGGGUUAAAGGAUGAACUCAAUUUGGGUACCAAUGUAGCGAGUAGAUAUCAAGAAAACAACCCACCCGCAAGGAACCAACAGGAUUCACUGCGGGCCCCAUCAUCUGGUUCGUCGACCUCACCAAAACAUAAGUCCAAAUUAAAAAGAAAACUGAAACGAGAGAUUAGCGACCCACUUGAUGACUUAAAGAGAUUGCUAAAGGAGAAGCCACAAGACAAAUUAGACAGCUCUCGGUUGCGUAACCGCGUGUCUACAACGCCGAGAAACUAUUACGGGUUAAUCCCUAGUGAUAAGUGCUGCUUGUUGUGUCAAUAUGAAGCAGUAUUUGGCAUGAAACCUCGAUACCUCGUUGGAAAAAAGGCAAGUUAA